AGGUACUGUGGACAGUGCACGUCAUAUUGAAUUUUUUCAUCCAUUACAAUCGCAUUUAACUGAAUUGAUCAAUUCUUCAUUAGUCGUUUAUUUAGCUUUAAGAAUUCGCUAUAAUGUCAGAUUCUGAUUGUAAAAAGCUAAGUGAAUUGAGAGUAGUGGAUUUGAAACUUGAAUUGGAGAAAAGAGGACUUGAUCAAAAGGGUGUUAAGCAAGUUUUGAUGGACAGAUUACAAAAGGCUAUCAUUGAAGAAGGGAAAGAUCCCGAAACGUAUUUAUUUAAACCUUCUGACGAGAAAACGCCGGUCAAAAGGCUAUCUGUAUCAGGUAAGUCGGACUCUGAUAAGACAGAUGAUACAAAUACGGAAAGUAUUAAAGAUAAACCAGUGCAGGGUGCUUCUAAGUCUGAAAAACCUGAAUCAGAAGAACUUGAUGAUAAGAACAAUCAGAAAGAAGAUGAUCAUGAGUCUCCCAUUACUUUAACCUUGGAAGAAGAAGAAAAGAUUCAAGAUGAUGAAAACAUACCCGAGACAACGACUAGCAAGGAUAAACCAGAAUUAGAUGAGAAGAAAUCAGCUAAUGUGGAAGAAUCCCAGGGAGAAAAUGCAGACAAGUCAACAUCUGAGGCCGAAACUACAAAGAAGGAAGCAGCAGAUUCAUCGAGCAGUUCCGAUGGUAAAAAGGUGCCAAGUAACGCCAAUCCUCGUGCCAUAUGGAUAAGUAAUGUAGCUAUGAACACACGUGCUUGUGAUAUUAAACAGGCUUUAUCUGAAUAUGGCAAAGUAGUUGGCGCUAAAGUAGUUGUCAAUGCUAAAUAUCCUGGAACAUGUUGUUUCGGAUAUGUUACAAUGGGUUCUGUUGAAGAUGCUAAUAAGGUCAUUGAAAACUUGAAUAACACCGAGCUGAAUGGCCAUAUCAUAAAAAUCGAGAAGUUCGAUGUAGUUAGAGGGGAACAACUGAAGCAAGGCAAAAAUGGCAGGAAAAGUCCUGAUCGCUCCAAAUCGUCUUCAAAAAGAGAAAAAUCUCCUGCUUCUCAACCUAAGAGUCAAAAAGAAGAUGACGAUAAAGCCCCUAAAGACAACAGCGACGAUAAGGCGAAGGAAAGUGAGCCGGAACAAUUGGAUAAAGAAGAUGCAGAAAAGAAAACUGAUGACAAGGAAGACAAAGAUGAUAAAGGGGAACGCAAAGAAGACAGGAAGAGGCAUGUGUCAAGUGACAGAAAAAGCCGUGACAGCAAAAGAACAUCUAAGGAGCGGGGCUCUGUUAGGUCACGUUCUCGCGAGCGUAAGAAUAAGGAAAUUCUUACUUUCGAUAAAAUACGAGAGACUCGCGAACGCCAGAGGCUAAGAGAAAAGGAGCGUCUUUUGCGGGAAGAAUCACGCCGUAGGCAUGAAGAAAGACUCCGUCAGAAAGAAAUUGAACGCAGGCAACGUUCAGAAGCUAAUAGGUUGGAACGGGAAAGAGAAAAGCUGCGCAUUGAAAGGGAAAAAAUUGAAAGAGAAAAGAACGAGCUGAUCAAAUUGGAGAGAGAAAGGCAGAAGUUGGAAAGAGAAAGAAUUGAACUGGAGAAGAUGGAACUGCAGAGGACCAGAAUUCGUUUGGAGGAGGACAGAAGAGCUACCAAGCGACCUGCUCCUUAUCGCAGAGACGAAUCGUUCGAAGAUAGAAAGAGGUCUUCUGAUACCCGACACUUCAACGAACCUCCCCCUCCUCAUUUCGAAAGCAGUUCAAAGUUGAGAGAUUCGAGUCCUCCGAAGAAGUUUUCCUCCAAGGAAUACAAAUCUCCUUAUGAUAAAAGGGAUAUCUCAGAAAAGAGAGGCAGCAGAGACUUCGAUUCUGACCGUAACAGACAUUCCUCUGGCUCUAUGGGUGGUAGGCCUAGUUCUGGUAAAUUCGAUAGUAGACCCUACGAGAAUAUUCGUGAUAGGGAAUUGCACGAACGAAGCAGAGAUGCCAUACCAAGUGUAAGCUCAAGGGUAACGAAAGAACACAGGUUUGAACGCGAAAGAGAACGUAGCCCUCACUAUCGUCCAGGAGAGAGGCGUGUUAUGUCAGAUGGUAAGCCUAAAAUGCCAACAUCUUCAUCUAGACCAUUUGCAAGUUCAUCGACUGAUAUGCCACAUUUCGAAUCGAGAGGCCCAUCAUGGAAUGCCCCCUCCCCUAAGCAAUUUACUAACAAUCCCAAAUGGCCCAAGGAAGAUGCUUGGCGUUCAAAUGCACCAACUGAAAGGUGGAAUAACACUGGAAGAAGUCCCAACUUUGGUGGUGGGUCCAACAUAACAAUGGCCCCAGCCUGUCCACCCCCACCAGCUAUCAACAAUUAUUCCGAUCGUUUUGAUUAUAACAAAAUACCUAGUAGUAUAAGGAAAUACUAAAUGGCAUUAAUGAGUUCUCGUCCACGAUAUUUUUUAUUUGCAAUUUUUUUCAAUUCGAGUUAUUUUUCCUCACCCUUAUAGACUUACUAGUGAUUUUUUUGAACUCUGGUACAAGGAAUAUUUGUAAAUACAAUUUUGUACAAUCGUUUUAUGUUCAGAAACUACAAGUCAUGAAUGCAUAUUUGUGUUGAUUACGUUUACAUACAAAUUUUUUAAAGGAACUGUACAAAUUACAAUUUUUUGUGUAGGCAUCAGUGUAUUAUAAUAUAGCACUCUUGAAAUCA